AUCCUGAAUAAAAAGGCUACACCGAAGUCAAACGAAACUAGGGCGGGUUGAGAUACAUUGAGAGCAGUACACCAACGAAAGAACAACGAUGGAUUCAGCCAACUGAAUACAGAAGAAAACUGCGAAGCACUGCGAGACCAAAGAAGAAAUAUAAAAACAACAAUUAAUUUAUGAAUAGCUAAGAACAAUAAUUUAUGCGUAUUUAUAAGUUUGUACAAAGGUAAAAGACAAACUGGUAAUGAAUGGUUAUUGUUGUAAGGUGAAAAUGUAGAAACAAUAUGAAGCUGAAACCCACAUGGAAUUCCUUCUGAAUAUGAUAUCGUGGAUAGUGUUGGUGUUGCUAGUCGGCACAGCAAUCGCUUGCCCGUCGUCAUGCGUCUGUAAAUGGAAAGGAGGAAAACAAACCAUCGAAUGUAUCAAUAAGAACCUGAUCACGAUACCUGAUGGCAUGGAUCAAGGGACGCAGGUUCUUGAUUUCACCGGCAACAAUCUUAAGCUUCUACCACGGGAGAGGUUUCAACGCAUGGGCUUGACAAACUUGCAAAAAAUAUACUUACCGAGAUGCAGAAUAAGUCAGAUUGAUGACAGAGCCUUCAGAGGGCUGACGAAUCUGGUUGAACUUGACCUAUCGUUUAACUACAUUACGUCAGUUCCCACCGAGACGUUUUUGGACUACCCAGCGUUGAUGCGGUUAACGCUGAACAACAACCCGAUAAGGUACCUAAAGUCGGCUUCGUUUCAACCUCUUAAGUUCUUGUCGACGUUGGAAAUGACUGAUUGCCAAAUGGAAGUUAUUGAAGAUGACGCGUUCAACGGCCUUGAGAGCUUAGAGUGGCUGAAACUGGAUAAAAAUAGAAUAAUGAAUAUACGAGGUUCCAAUAUUCUUCCAGAGAAACUCAAUGGAAUAUCCCUCCAGAACAACCCGUGGCAGUGUGACUGUCGUCUCGUUGAUUUUAGAGACUGGAUGGUUAGGUAUAGAGUACCCCAAACUGUGGAGCCUAAGUGCAAUUCGCCCUUACGACUCAAGGGUAGGUUGAUAAACAGUUUGGAACAGAACGAGCUGGCCUGUUUACCGGACGUGACACCAACAACCCUGUACUUGGAGAUAGCAGAGGGCAAGAACGUUUCUCUCCUUUGCAGGGUUUCGGCUAUUCCAGAAGCCAAGGUGUCGUGGUGGUUCCAAGGAACAGUUUUACAAAACGACUCAAUGGUAGCUCCCGGUCUUCACUUGUACUACUUCGUCGAAGAAGGUGGUAUAGAAAAGAAAAGCGAACUGUUUAUUUUCAACACAAACAUCGAUGACAACGGAACAUUCGUCUGUAUUGCGGAAAACCCAGCAGGGAAAUCUCAAUCGAACUUCACCAUAAGAAUCGUACUUAAAGAAGAGCCUCUUGUGGGAAUAGCGGUAUUCCCGUAUGAAUACAUCAUUUUGAUAUCCGGAGUAGUGUCCGUGGUCGCAAUUUUCUUCAUUCUGUUCGUCACCAUUUGCGUCCUGAGAUGUAGGAAACAGAGAAGAAAGAAGAGGAAGAAGGAUAGAAGUAAAGUCGCUGCGUUAAACCAACAAACAUCAAAGGCUCCUGGCAUGCGGGAAAGCUCCGAAAAAAUGACGAGGAUAAACUCAACCAUAAAUCCUUUAGGAAACUCAAAACUCAACGGGUCAGUAAUAUUGACAGAUGGCCAACCACACGAUAUGAUGCUGCUGUCCACAGACGCGGGGAUGAUUGUCGUUCCAAACAAUCUAAGCAGUCUUCACCCCUUCGGGAUGCAAAGCAUGUUAAAGACCUACCAAGUGGAACAAAAUCCCGACCUGUUAAACGACACCGAGAGUAGCAAAGGCAGGUUGAAAUCUAAUGAUAUUCUAAACGGCACUGAUGGUGAAAGUGCUACUGGUAGCAGCGUCGACGAAUUCAAGAAUCAACCCAAUUCUCAAUGGAGAGACGUGAACCAAAGACUUCCGAACGUCGCAUCUCUAUCAAGAGGAAUAUCCGGCAGUAGAGAAAUCUACCCUAACAUGCAAGACGUGCAACUAUCCCCGAGAAAAUUCAUCGGCAACGACGGCUACCCUGUUGACUACGGUCUACCAAAAAUCCCUACUCACUUUUCCGUCACUGCGAUGCCCCCAGCUGCGUUCUACCGUACUCUUCCUCACAAACCGAGACAAAACGCAGCGAAUCCAGCCAGUAGAUAUUCCAGGGAAGCUGAGUUCCUGUCAAAGUCCAUUCACCCACCCUCGUAUGAACAUUACAGCAAUGACAUAAGAUACACUGCCGAGGGAUACCCUUGCGGUCCUCCACCGUACUCGACAGAAACGCAGACGAGUUUCGCAGAACCGUUCUUACUACCGUCACCACCAGCUGCCUAUAAGAGUGAGCCGGCUCCCAAGGACGUCGCGGCCCAAUGGCCGGAGACUUCGACAGACUCAGUUAAGACUGUUACCCAAUGUAGUGUGGCGGCUCAGACGUCCGACCAAUCAGAGAAGGCCUCCCUCCCCCCACCACACCCCCGGCCACCCGUGCUAACUGAGAGUCCUGACGAGGGAUAUGAGGGUGACCCCGACAACACGGAAAUGUGACGCCUCCACCACUAACAUGGCGAUCGUUGAGCAAUAUUUUUAUAACUGAACAAUUUAUGAUAAAGAAGUGCUCAAAUGAAAUGUAAUUUAGGUACACAAUAAUGUUUCGUUGUGUUGUGGAAACUUGGGUUUUUUCCAUAUGUUUAAUUCAUGUUUUCCUACUUAUUUUUUUUACUCAGACGCGUCAAGCAAGGAUUCGGUGAAGUGUUUAGUAUUAUAGCUUAUGUUUGUAAUUUUAACUUAGAAAUCUGAACUCAGCUAUUAUUGAAAAACAAAGUUUUUUAUGUAAGAUAUGAUGAUUUUUUGAAAGAAUAACAACGAUAAAUAUGUAAAAAUAAUCGGCAUUUAAGAUGUUUAUCUUAAAAGACAACUUACUGUGUUUAAAAAGCUUAAUUUUACUUUAUUCUGUUUUCGGAAUAAGUUUCUUUUGUGAAUAACAUUGGAAAAAUUUUCGUACACUUUAAUUUUACCUUCUUGUGUCAUUUAGUAUGGAAUACAACAUUUCUUAUAGUUUUGAAUCAAUUUAUAAUACUGUAAUCAAUACUGUAGAUUUAUUUAUUAAAUAUGUAUAACAUUAUUAUUGAGGCCUAGUUUUUUUGUUGCUAUAUAUUGUAUUUUAAUUCUAGACACUGUUGAAAUAAAUUCAUAUUAAUGGUUUUAAGUCAAAUCACGCUGUGAUAAAUACGUGUAAUAUAGCGUAAAAUUAUGAUUUAUUAUCUGAACAAACCAUCGUAAUUUUUAAGUUUAUUUUCUAAGAAUGACUACUGAGAGAAAAUUAUGUAAUGGUCAUAUGUUUAAGCUUUUCAUAUCCACUAUAUUAAUUUAACGAACAAAAAUUUUUUAUUUAUCUUGAAAAAAAAGUAUACAAUUCUUAAAUUAAUUUAAGACAGAUGUGUUUGAUAAUUAUUGUGUUGAAACUUGUGUAAAUAUGUAUGAUUAUGUAAAUAGUUUCAAAGAUUGUUUUAUAAAAUAUUCACAUUGUGAUACCAUGUCACUGAGAACUUACAUGUACAUAUUAGAUAAGCCAAGGUAAAAAUACGAUGAACAUUUGUACUUAAAUUACAAUAUUUAUUACCAUAAGUGUAAUUUGUUAAUUGUGUUUAAUAAAGUUCUUAGAUGAAACAUAGCGUUAUGUUUGAGCAUAAACAGUUUGAUUGUGGCAUAAAAGGCCACGAAUAAUUACAAGGGCUGUUAAGCUUGGGGUAUUGAAAAUGCCAAAAUUAUUAAAAAUACAUUCAUUUGUAUAUGAUAUAAAUACUUUCCUUGGCAUAAAAAAAACUAUUUAAAUAAAUAAGUAUUGUAUUUUUGACUAUUUUUCCCCCUAAUCAAACAACAUACAAUUGGGUAUCAAUAUAAAUUUUUUUAAGGUUACUAAUUGAAUUUUAUGAUCAAGCAAUGUAUUUUCUAUGUUAUUACUGAUAUAGUAACGUUGUGCCUCAUUCAUUCUGUUUAUGAUUUAAAAUAUAAAUAAAAACACAUUUAUAUUGUUGGCUGUACAAAUAUCUAAUACAAUGUUAAUUACUGUCCUUAAAUUUCAAAGAUUACUUAGCCAAAACGUAUCUGGUUUGUAUUUUUUGACAUACAAUAAUUACAAAACUAUUCUCUUUUGCUUACCAAUGUUUAAGAGGUACAUAUUGAUCUUCCACACGCUGUUUUGCACUUUCGGUUUGAUUUUUAUAGAGUAAAUGGCCAAAGCACUGUAUUGAACAAACAGUAUUUAUGAAAGAAGACCACUUAAGACCGAGCGGAAGUACUAGUUUCAACCAAGACACGGUCUGAAGGGCAGGUUUAUACCCUCGCAAACAAUAACUGCUGGUUUUGGUUGUUUAUGUGAUAAUAACAUGACAAAUAACACAUAAAUUUAUGAGGGAAUUUAAAUCGGUUGGGGUAUUAAAAAAAACCUACGUUGAUAAGGUGAGAGAUUUUUCUUUCUUUUAAAAAAAGCUCCGUAUAGUAAAAAGUGUAACAAAUUUAUUAGACGUAAUAAAUUGAGAAAAUAAAACUAAAUUGGAACCACACUAAUUUCGAAUUGAAUAAUGGUAUGACUAUAUAGAAUUAAGCCAUUUUGUACGUAAACGGCUUGUUAAAGUUUAAACAUUUGUUUUAUUGUAGUCCUUAGUUUUAUAACAUGCACUAUAAACUUAGGUACAGCCAACGGAAGAACUGAAAAUACAUAAUUUAUUAUAAAAUAAACAAUAACUUUGUAGUUAGAGGUGUAUUGCACAUUUAUUGUAAAUAGCAACCAACAGUUACAAUGAUGAUUAUAUUUGGUAAAAUAA